UUGUGUGACAGGUGUACAUGUUGUGUGGGGGUCAGUCGCCAGCAGCAUGGACGUGGGAAUCCUACUCGCGGCUUUAUCAUCGAUAUGCACGGCAACAGCUUCGAUAAGCGAGACGAAGUUUGUUAAGCGGUUUUCUCAAACUAACCCUCCAGUGUUUCAGGACAAAUCGUUUGCGUUUAGCUGCGUUGGGAGAUGCGCCUCUUCAAGCACCUGUCGAGCCACCAAUGUUCUUUUUGCAGACAAGAAAUGCUACUACUAUACAUUGGAAGAACUAGAACGUAUGACUGACUUCAACGACGUCCUGUAUCAGAAGGUCUUGAGUAACGUGGAGCAGACGACAGAGAUGUAUCCUCCAGUUCCUGAGUGUCAGAAUGGAGGCGAGUGGUCAGAUUCCACUAAAACGUCCUGUGAUUGUCCCGGCAGCUUCACUGGAACAUAUUGCGAACGCUACUGGGAUGCAGACCAGAUCCUGAGUUACGAUGUUGUGGACCUCUUCACAAGUGUCCCCAUAGAAGAAACUCUCCAAAUCCUCCGCCAACGCAUCUCUGAAUUAGAAACUCCCCUUGACACCAACCUCACCACUGACUCCAUCAUUGCCCUCACCUCCACUUACUUCACCUGGGGAGACGACUACUAUGAACAAAUCCACGGCCUGCCCAUGGGCUCCCCUCUGUCCCCAAUACUCACAGAAAUCUACAUGACCUCCUUCGAACAGCAAGCACUCAGCACCUCAACCAUCAAACCAACCUGCUGGUACAGGAAGGUCGAUGACACGUUUGUCAUCCUUCGGCAAGACCAAGACCCAGCAGCCCUCCUGCAACACCUCAACCAACAGCACCCCCGGGUCCAAUUCACCUUAGAAACAGAAUCCAGUGGUCAACUUCCCUUUCUAGAUGUCCUUGUAACCAGAACUCCAGCCAACAAGAUCCAUUGCUCAGAGGGAUUCAGGAUGAAUAUACUCACCAAUGCAAUUUACACGAUUCAACCAAGACCUUAUGGAACGCCUUUUGAAGUCUACUGCUACAUGAGGUUCGGUGGACGUACAUUCGUCCAGAAGCAGUCGUCCGGCAUCAACUUUGCCAGGAACUGGCAGGAUUACACAGACGGGUUCGGAACGCCCGGGGCAGAUCACUGGUUGGGUUUGGAGAAAAUAAAAGCCAUUAGUGAUAAAACUCCGAGCAAAUUCGUUAUUCGGUUUGCAUAUAAAGAUAUUCCAACAUGGAGACAGAUCAUUUGCCACAAUUUUAGUCUAUCGGAUGCUGUGAGUGGUUUUAGGAUUAAUUUCACUAGCACCUCAACCUCUGAGACAGCUAAGAAUGGAUUCAACGACGUCAUGACGGCUCUGAGAGGAGCCAGGUUCAGCACCUACGAUAGGGACAAUGAUGAAAACGUAGCUAAAAGCUGCUCUCAGACACAUCAAUCUGGUUGGUGGUUCAGAGACUGUACUCUGUGUAACCCUAACGGUAAACUGAAAAAGGCCACUGAUCUGGAUGGCAUUUUCUGGGAAGGCGAUACAAGGAGUGUGAAAGAGACAGCUAUUUAUCUAGGUGGAUAUCCGUAG